CCGGCGAGAUGACGCGGAGCCCUGCGCUGCUGCUGCUGCUAUUGGGGGCCCUCCCGUCGGCUGAGGCGGCGCGAGGACCCCCAAGAAUGGCAGACAAAGUGGUCCCACGGCAGGUGGCCCGCCUGGGCCGCACUGUGCGGCUACAGUGCCCAGUGGAGGGGGACCCACCACCGUUGACCAUGUGGACCAAAGAUGGCCGCACAAUCCAUAGUGGCUGGAGCCGCUUCCGAGUGCUGCCCCAGGGGCUGAAGGUGAAGGAGGUGGAGGCUGAGGAUGCCGGUGUUUAUGUGUGCAAGGCCACCAAUGGCUUUGGCAGCCUCAGCGUCAACUACACUCUCAUCAUCAUGGAUGACAUUAGUCCAGGGAAGGAGAACCCUGGGCCAGAUGGCUCUUCUGGGGGUCAGGAGGAUCCAGCCAGCCAGCAGUGGGCACGGCCUCGCUUCACACAGCCCUCCAAGAUGAGGCGUCGAGUGAUUGCACGGCCUGUGGGCAGCUCUGUGCGGCUCAAGUGUGUGGCCAGCGGGCACCCACGGCCGGACAUCAUGUGGAUGAAGGAUGACCAGACCUUGACAUGUCUAGAGGCCAGUGAACACAGGAAGAAGAAGUGGACACUGAGCUUGAAGAACCUGAAGCCUGAAGACAGUGGCAAGUACACGUGCCGUGUGUCCAACCGGGCAGGUACCAUCAACGCCACCUACAAAGUGGAUGUGAUCCAGCGGACUCGUUCCAAACCUGUGCUCACAGGGACACACCCUGUGAACACAACGGUGGACUUCGGCGGGACGACGUCCUUCCAGUGCAAGGUGCGCAGUGACGUCAAGCCUGUGAUCCAGUGGCUGAAGCGGGUGGAGUACGGCUCUGAGGGACGCCACAACUCCACCAUUGACGUGGGUGGCCAGAAGUUUGUGGUGUUGCCCACGGGUGAUGUGUGGUCACGGCCUGAUGGCUCCUACCUCAACAAGCUGCUCAUCUCUCGGGCCCGCCAGGAUGACGCCGGCAUGUACAUCUGCCUGGGUGCAAAUACCAUGGGCUACAGUUCCCGUAGCGCCUUCCUCACUGUGUUACCAGACCCCAAACCUCCAGGGCCCCCAGUGGCUCCUUCAUCCUCAACCACAAGCCUGCCAUGGCCUGUGGUGAUCGGCAUCCCAGCGGGUGCUGUCUUCAUCAUAGGCACUGUGCUGCUCUGGCUUUGCCAGACCAAGAAGAAGCCAUGUGCCCCUGCAUCUACACUUCCUGUGCCUGGACAUCGUCCCCCAGGGACAUCCCGAGAACGCAGUGGUGACAAGGACCUGCCCUCAUUGGCUGUCGGCAUGUGUGAAGAGCAUGGAUCCACCAUGGUCCCCCAGCACAUCCUGGCCUCUGGCUCAACUGCCGGCCCCAAGCUGUACCCCAAGCUGUACACAGAUGUGCACACACACACACAUCACACACAUGCACACACACGCUCUCAUGUGGAGGGCAAGGGUCAUCAGCACCAGCAUGUCCACUCUCAGUGCUAAAUACAGCCAAUCUCCAAACACUGUGUCCUGAGGUAGGCAUAUGGGGGCCAAGACAACAGGGCGGGAGGAUGGAGAGCAGUGGAGGAAGAGUAUCUUAGGGUGCCUCGUGGUAG